CGAUUAAGUUCACCUAUUUGAGAGAGUGGGGACGCACUGUAGUUAAAAAAAAAAUCAUUAUCCGGCCCGAACAACAUUUCGACUUCAUCCAAUGAAAUUGUCAUUUGUCUGUAUUUUUCAUGCUUUUUAUAAAGAAUUUCACAGCCAAUGCUCUCUCUCUUCUAUUAUUUUUGGCUUGUAUGACAUGCCUAGGGUGACAAGUCACAAAGAAAAAUUAGUUACCGGCUCUCCCGGAGAUCUUUGCAUAGCUAUUCUAGCUUGCAUGAGAUUAUUUGAUAAGUUAAACUUAUUUGGAUUGUUUACACCACGGCGGAAAGGUGGAAGAGUAAGACCGUCAUCUGAAACUAUGUUUAAAGCACCGUUUUGGUCUCGGUUUGAUGUAGUGGACCUGUUAUAUACACGUCUGGGACAAUUUCUAUUGACACAAACCACUGCGCCUUUUAUUCUCUUUAUGGAGUCCCCUCUUCUAAGUACUUGCUUAGUGGUUGGUUCAAAGCACGAAGUGCAGGUAAUUGUUGAUUUGUAUUCGUCUACAGUCAUAAACUUGUCCUUUUCAAUUUUUCGAAGCUCGGCUAUAACUGGUUUUAUGCUUCUCCUACUAUGGCCUUUCAUAAAUGUGGUAACACCAGACCAAUUUCCCAAAAAUGACCAUAUGACAUUAUUAUUUUUACUUCCUAAAGAUGAAACCAGUUUUCUUCUAUGCCGGCUAAAAAAUACUUGAUAAAAUUGUUUUUUACGUAUUUUUCUAGAAACCUUCUUUUUUUCCAGAUAGUUCGUAUCCAGCUUCUCUCGCCUUUGUCGUUCUUGACUAUGCUUCGUGGAAAAUGUGGCAUGGUUUACAAUCUUCGCAGUGAAGUCUAAACUGAUU